CUUCUCCUAGUUUAAACAGCCCGCUCUCCCCAUUCACAGUCGACUCCCAACGGGCACACUCACAGAUCGUAGAUCUAGAAAGUUUAUUUUUCCCCAUUUUUGGGAUACAAAAGUUUUUCGAUACCAAAAUAAAUACAACGGAGCGAUAAAAGUAAUCGGAUUAUCAUGGAAAGAGGAUCAAAUAGACUGGGAAGUGCGCUGUCUGGCAGCGGCGUUCACUCGAACGUCUCGGUAAUCACAAAGCCAAAGCGCAAGAAACAGCGGCUGCCCACCUUCGACCUGUCGCUGGAGCAGAAGAUAGACAUCAAGAAGGCCUUCGAUCUGUUCGACACACAAUGCUCCGGGUUUAUCGAGACCAAGGAGCUCCGCGUUGCCAUACGCGCCUUGGGAUUCGAGCCGAAGCAAGAGGAGAUCCGUCGCAUGAUGGAUGAGAUCGACAAGGACAAGACCGGAAGGAUUGCCUUCAAUGACUUCCUUUACUUGAUGCGUCAGAAAAUGGCGGAGAAGGACUCCAAGCAGGACAUGGCCAAGGCAUUCUCAUUUUUUGACGACGAUCGAACCGGUAAGAUAUCGUUCCGGAACCUGAAGAGAGUGGCCAAGGAGCUGGGCGAGAACCUCACCGACGAGGAGCUGCAAGAGAUGAUCGACGAGGCCGAUGCCGACGGCGACGGGGAGGUCAGCAGGGAUGAGUUCCUCAACCUAAUGAAGAAGACUAAUCUGAUCUAGGGUCGACUCUC